CAAGCCUUGAGAAGAAUUCUGACUGGCAAUAAUUUACUGUAUUCAGACAGAAAAAACGUAUUAUUUUUGGCAAAUUUAAAGUAUACGAGACGAAAGAGACGAGAUGGACCAGCAAUUUAUCGAUCGUGAAAAGGAAUUAUUCAAGUUAAAUGCGAAAUUGAAUGCAAAAUCGAAGAAAAUUGCUCCAUCAACGACAAAUGUUUUGCCGUCUGUGGUGACUAUAAGACCACAAAAAUCUGUUCAGAUUCAUACCGCAAAUAAUAAUUUCAAUUAUUAUGAUGAAGCUUUGAUGGUAAAGGAUGGUCAAGCGAAUGCGGAGGAGCAGCAACAACAAUUUGAAUUAAUGUGCAAGAAAAUUAAUAUUACAAAUUUGCCAUCGAAAAAGCCACAGGAAAUUGUUUAUCCAUUUUUUCAUCGUCAGACGACAAAACAACAAUGUCGUCGUGUUGAUAUUCAUAUGCCGACUGGAUCUCUUAUGUCUGAUGGAAAAGCUGAUGAAUUUAACGAUAUUAAAUCAAUAAAGACUGAGACGGCAGCAAUUGAUGAGACGUCAACUAUCAAAAAUGAAAGUUUGAUAACACGUUAUUCUGAUGAGACUUCAGCUGUACCACCAUGUAUACAACCACCAACAGUUGUGGAAACAUUGCUUAAUAAACAAUUGCCACCUGCACCAAUUGCCACUGACAUCGUUCCUAAAUAUAUUGAGAAGAAAAUUAGUAAUGAUGGUCUAUUGAAGUUUCUCAAAUCAAAAGUUGCGAUGCUCCAAACGGAACUAGAAGCAAAUAAAAAUUUAAACGAUACACUCGAGAAAGAGAAUGUAAAGCAAUCGAAAAAAAUAAAGAAACUAACAGGACUAAUGGAUAAGGCGAAUAUAAAAAUAGAAUCACAAGAGUCAUCAUUAAAUUCAUUACAAGAGAAAAAUGUUUGUGCUGAGCAAGGCUUAAAGGAUAAAGAUACCAUUAUAGGCGAGUUAAAUCGCGAGCUAUCUACGAUAAAAGAUGAACGGAAAGAAUUGAACCAUAAUAAUCAAGUUAUGGAGAAGAAAAUGCUUAAGACUCAAGAAGACCAUGAUAUGAUGAAAUCUAAAUAUGAAUCAUACAAAGAUAUCGAGGUUAUCAUGCGAGAAUCGGCAAAGGAGGAGCGACUUGCAUACGAGGAAAAGAUCAGAAAAUUACGAAAGGGACGACUUGAUCUAUUAAAGGCGUACAAGCAGCAAAUCAUUCUUAUCGAUAAUCUUAGACGGCAGAAUGUUUGCUUAGAGAAAGCAAAGGCGCUAGAGAUAACUGAAAAAGAAUUUCUCAAAGUUCUCGAUUGGAAUUUUACUGACAAAUGAGUCAAAUUGGGGGCUUGAUUUAUUUGAAAAUCGUGAUGUAUUCUUAGUUUUCUUUUUAUAGACUUGAUUCUAUGACUGGCUGAUGCAAUUUACAUUUAGAAUCUUUUUCUUAUAAUGAUUGCAAUAUAUACAUCUCCUUAAUGGAGACUUGAGAGACUCAUUUCUUAUUCAUGUGCAUCUAUUAAUGGAUAUGAUGAUGGCAAUAACAA